AUGGGAAAAAGGAAAGCCACAAAAUUCCAAAGUUCUUCUUCGAAUAUAUUACGAAGUGAAGAUAAUGAAGAAAAAAAAAAAAGAAAUAAAAAAGAAAAUGUGAAUAAAAAUAAUGCAAUAAAAAUAAAGCAAGCAACAAUUAGUAAAGAAAAAAAAGAGAAACAAAUUGAUGAUACAUCAAAUUUAUCAUAUGUUUAUAUAUUAUUAAAAUAUUUUUUUGAAAAUAUUAAUAUAGAAAUUUUAAACGAACAAUUUUAUUUGCAAAAAAAUGUAUUAACAAUAACUGAAAUAUUAAUUGGGCACAUUUUAUGGGUAUAUAACCCCGAUAAAAAUAUAUUAUGUGGGUCGAGAAUUAUCGAAUUAGAAUCCUACAACGGUAUAAAUGAUAAAGCAUCACAUGCAUAUAACAAUAAAAAAACAAAUAGAAAUAUACCAAUGUUUUUGAAUGGUGGUAUUAGUUAUGUAUAUUUAUGUUAUGGUAUGCAUAAUUGUCUAAAUAUUGUUACAAAUAUUGAAAAUGUCCCAGAUGCUAUUUUAAUAAGAUCAAUCGAGCCUAUUUACAACAUUCCGUUUUUUGCCCUUAAUAAAUUUCAAGAUUUAAAUGAAAUAAAUAAUUUAUUUUCUUCCGAUAAUUUUAUUAAUCAAAAAGGGAAUAACUUAAAGAAUAAUCGGAAAUUCAAAAUCAAAGAGCUGGAUAAAAUGAAUGUGGAAAAAAAAAUUGACAAGAAAAAUUGUGCUAAUGAAAUAAUAAAAAAAAGCACAUAUUUAGUAAUCUUACAACAAUUAGAAACAAUUUUUAAAAGUAUAAAAUAUAAACAACUAGUCAAAUUGGGUAGUGGCCCUGGGCGUGUAACAAAAUGCUUAGGUGUUACGCGUGAUGAUGAUAAAAAAGAAUUUUAUUUCGACAUAUGUAACGAUAAUAAUAUAAGCAAUAAUCAAAAUAAUAAAAUAAAUGCGAAAGAAAAUAAUCAAGAAAAUUUGGUAAAAGCAGAGAAAGUAAAUGAUAGUAAAAAUUGGGAUAUAAAAGAUGACUGUUCAGGUAAUUUUAGUAAAAUCAUAGAUCCGAAAUAUUAUUUUAGCUAUAAUGUUAAUAAUUUUUUGAAUGAAAAAAAAAAAAGUCGAUUUUUUAUAUCUAUUUGCCCAUCAGUUGAAGAUGUUUUAAAUUUUUAUGAAAAUUUAAACCUUGAAAAAAAUAGUGACCAAUAUUUUAUAAUAGACAUAUAUAAACAAUAUAAAAUAUAUUUAUUAAAAUAUUUUGAAUAUAUGAAAUGGAAAAAAAAUCAAGAUACUAUUGUUCAACGGGAUAAAAGAAUAGGAGUUGCCUAUGCUGAAGAAUAUGCUUUGUAUGAUUAUCGAUUUAUUUUAAAAAAUCAUCCAUCCAUAUCAGUUUUGCCCAAAUGA